AUGGGAAGGUCUCCUUGCUGUAGUGAUGAAGCCAAUCUGAAGAAGGGCCCAUGGAGUCCAGAGGAGGAUCAGAAGUUGAUUGAUUACAUUAACAACCAUGGCCAUGGAAGUUGGAGAACUCUUCCAAAGCAUGCGGGCUUGAAUAGAUGUGGAAAGAGUUGCAGACUAAGGUGGGCAAAUUAUCUGAGGCCUGACAUCAAGAGAGGGAAAUACUCGGAAGAAGAAGAGAGAAUUAUCAUUAACCUUCAUUCGGUUCUUGGAAACAAGUGGUCGAAGAUUGCCACUCAUCUUCCAGGACGGACAGAUAAUGAGAUCAAGAAUUUUUGGAAUACCCACAUCAGGAAAAAGCUUCUUAACAUGGGACUCGAUCCAAACACCCACAAGUCAAGAACUGAUCUCAAUCAUCUUUUAAACCAGUCUCAGUUGCUUUGUGCAGCACAAUUAGGCAACUUGAUGAAUCCCUGGGACAGUACUGCUUUUAAAGUACAGGCUGAUGCUGCUGAACUAGCUAAAAUCCAGCUAUUGCUAAACCUAAUGCAAAUCCUGAAUACCAACAAACUCUCAAAUGUUAGUGCUGGUUUAAUAGGGCCCCAAAAUUCUUACCCAUUUGAAGGAGUCGGACUGGUAAACGGGACGAGCACCGUAUGUGCCAACGAAACAGCCUCAAUUCCUCAGAAUUUUCAAAGCACUGGCUCAAUGACUCAAACAUCAAGUGAUUACCAGCAGGGUGCCGACGACUCAUGGGCAUGUUUUGAAGGUCAAUUCAAGUAUGAAAGCCCUGAUAUGAAUGACAAGUGCUUGAGCAGCUCCUGUGAUUUUCAAACAGAAAAUUCACUUUCUGCAUUGGUUUCGGAAUCUCCCGAGAUUUUUUCCAUGAACCAAAUGGAAAACAAGACCAACCCCAAUCACUGCUCAACCAUCUCAGCAGACACUUCUAUCUUCCAGGCUUGGGAGAAGCUAAUGGAUGAUGAAACUGGUGACUCCUACUGGAAAGAUAUUCUAGAUUUGACAUCGUCGUCGUCAUCACCCAUAGAAUGGUAG